AUGGAUCGGCAACCAUCUGCACGACCAAUUUCUACGAGACCUCCGUCUGCAGUUCCUGUUCCUAGAACAGCAAUGACCUCAGCAGCUUCACGACCAUUUACUCAACAAGGUCUUUCUGGUUUACGUCCUCCUCCAACUUCAGGAGCAGGAACAAACCGCAUUUAUCGCGAUAAACGUUACUAUAUGUCGCGAAUCCAAGCUCACAUGAAUCAAAUCCGUGAAGAAAUUGGACGUCUUAAUCGCAGUACAUUAGAUUAUCGUGUAGCGUCUACAAAUCGACAAGAAAUGCGCAAAACUGCCGAAACUACAGCAAAAAAACUCACCGAGAAACAAGAAUUGCUCACUGUUUACAAUACAGCAUUAGAUAUGCAUUUAAGUAAAACACGGACUGAAGAAAUUGUCGCGGAAACCUCUGAAUUGAAGCAAAAGAAUGAGAUGCUGCUAAAAGAGUUGGAUAACGUAUUCCAGAAGAAAGUUAGAAAAGAAGAAGAAAUUGAAGAUUUGAAGAAGAAAAUCACCGAAGAAGAAGCGUUUAUAAAAUCAUUAAUUGAGAAGUUAUCUCCGGAAUCUAAAGAAAAAUAUUAUGCCUUAGCUGAGGAAAAUAAAAAGACUUUAGAAAAUAUUGCUCAUAUGCAAGAAAAAAUCAAAGAAUCCAAGGAACUUAUCGAGAAAUACAAGGGAAUAUUAUUCAGUCUAUUGCCAAACAGAAAAAGUUACAAAUACUGA